AUGUGCCAAGAAGAGUUGCAACAAGAAUUCGAUGCCAUAGAUGCUAUAUAUCCAGAUUUCAUGGAACGACUGUCCGACACACAGUGCGUAAUAAAAGUUCCCGAGCAUGAGUCGAUCAGCAUUCACCUUUCUUUCCCUAGUGGAUACCCUACAGAAGCGGCUCCACAAGUACUCGAGGUGAACGGAACAAGCAACAGCAAAGCGCUGCGUGAACAGUUUCAAGGGCUGAUGGACGCUCUGUGGAACUCGGAUGUUUGCAUUUUCGAUUUUUUAACUGAAGUCGCAGAAACUUGUUCGGAGUUGAGCGAACAAGACUUGAAAUCUCACAGCCACGAGGCAGACGAGCUGGAACUUGCAAAACAGCUGGAACAACUGCGACUUGAGGAGUGCUUGGCAGGUCUUGAUGUCAACUGGUUCCAGAGUGACCCAGUGACUGAUCGCGGCUCUAAUUUUAUAGCAUUCGCCGCUCAGGCCACUAGUGAGGAAGACGCCCGCUUGAAAUUAGAUCAAUUACGCAUGGACUCCAAAGUUAGCAAAUGCCAGCAUGUAAUGACAGCAUGGCGCAUCCACGGCUCUGGCAACGUAAAUUUUCAAGACUGCGAUGAUGAUGGGGAAACCGCUGCGGGAGGGAGACUUCUGCAUUUGCUCACGCUUAUGGACGCUUGGGAUGUUGUAGUUGCGGUUGCAAGAUGGUUUACCGGAACGCAUAUUGGGCCCGACCGCUUCAAGCACAUAAAUUCCACUGCUCGUGAAGCGGUACUGAGAGGUUCAUUUGUAGAUGCCUCGAAAGCCGGUAAAAAGAAAAAGUAA